GGGAAGUGGCGUCCAUCGGCGAGGCGGGGCGGGGCGAGGUGGGGUCCGCCUGGGCGACGCCGGAGCCAGCCCAGAGCCGCCGCGGGAGGCAGCGAGUGGCCGGUGCGGGGGCAGAGCCAUGACCGAGAGCUACGAUGUGGUCGUGGUCGGGGGUGGCAUCUCAGGUCUCUCUGCAGCCAAACUGCUGACUGAGUCAGGCUUGAAUGUGGUGUUGCUGGAAGCCAAUGACAGGGUUGGUGGAAGAACUUUCACUGUAAGGAAUAAUCAAGUUAAGUAUGUGGAUCUUGGAGGAGCGUAUGUGGGGCCAACACAAAAUCGUCUCCUGCGGUUAUCUAAAGAGUUAGGAAUAGAGACGUAUAAAGUGAAUGAAGACGAGCACCUGAUACAUCAUGUCAAGGGUAAGUCUUACCCCUUUAAAGGUCCAUUUCCUCCUAUGUGGAAUCCGUUGGCCUACCUGGACUACAACAACUUAUGGAGGACCAUGGAUGAAAUGGGAAAGGAGAUUCCCAGUGAAGCUCCAUGGAAGGCUCCACAUGCAGAAGAAUGGGACAAAAUGACUAUGCAAGAUUUCAUAGAUAAAACUUGCUGGACAAAUGCUGCCAAGAGUUUUGCAACUCUGUUUGUGAAUGUGGAUGUCACUUCUGAACCCCACGAGGUCUCUGCCCUUUGGUUUUUGUGGUAUGUGAAGCAGUGUGGUGGGACAGCAAGGAUAUUCUCAACGACCAAUGGAGGACAGGAGAGGAAGUUUGUUGGGGGCUCUGGCCAGAUAAGUGAGAAAAUAAUGGAGCGCCUGGGAAGCCGAGUGAAGCUGAGGAAGCCAGUUGUCCACAUCGACCAGUUGGGUGAAAGUGUCAUAGUGGAAACAUUAGAUCAUGAAUUAUAUGAGGGCAAAUAUGUGAUCAGUGCCAUUCCCCCAGCUCUUGGUUUGAAGAUUCAUUUCAACCCACCUUUGCCCCCAAUGAGAAACCAGCUCAUCAACCGAAUUCCCAUGGGUUCGGUCAUCAAGUGCAUUGUGUACUAUAAGGAAACUUUCUGGAGGAAGAAGGGGUAUUGUGGUACCAUGAUCAUUGAAGAUGAGGAUGCUGCAAUUGGUUUAACACUUGAUGAUACUAAGCCUGAUGGCAGCUUUCCUGCCAUAAUAGGCUUCAUUCUUGCUCGGAAAUGUAGAAGGCUGACAGGUCUCACAAAAGAAGAAAGGAAGACGAGGCUGUGUGAGCUCUACGCAAAGGUUCUGGGAUCAGAGGAAGCUUUACAUCCAGUGCAUUAUGAAGAGAAGAACUGGUGUGAAGAGCAGUAUUCUGGGGGCUGCUACACAGCCUACUUCCCACCAGGCAUAAUGACUCAGUAUGGAAGGAUCAUUCGGCAGCCCAUUGGCAGAAUCUAUUUUGCUGGCACAGAGACAGCCACAGAGUGGAGUGGAUACAUGGAGGGGGCUGUGCAGGCUGGAGAAAGAGCAGCCAGAGAGAUACUGUUUGCUAUGAGGAAAAUCCCAGACAGUGAAAUUUGGAAGCCAGAACCUGAAUCUGUUGAUGUUCCAGCUUUGCCCAUCACUACAACCUUCUGGGAGAGGAACUUGCCAUCUGUGCCGGGACUGCUAAAGCUGAUUGGAUUUUCCACAUUCUUCACCUCUGUGGCUGUGGCUGGGUUAUUUGCUUACAAAAAGGGACUUCUAGUUCGAAACUGAAAAAGGUGCCAAUGCAAAGCCUCACAUUUGAGUGGUUUUCUUUCCUUUUUUUUUAGGGUUUUUUUUUAGUUUUUUUUUUUUGGCAUGCACUUCUCUGUUUCCAAAUUCAGAUCAGGGCUGGGGAAGAGAGAAAAUAAUAGAGAGGAGAGGCUGGAGGGGAGGGAUGAAGGAAGGGGAUCCAUAGUGAAAAAGAACCCCUUGCAUCCAGGCCUACUUCUAGCAGUAACUUUUUGGUUGGUGAAUUUCUAGGAUACCCUGCCAAGUGUUAUUACCUUGAGGUUUUUAUCCAGGUCUCAGACCAGAAAUGACAAAAUACCAAGCCUGUUCUGGUGAGAUUUGCAGUUGUUUUUACACUAUCUGAACCAGACCCUGAACUCCCAAGUCUUCACAGGCACUUCCAUCUCUAGUUAUAAACAAAGAAUUUCUGUCUUCCUGUGUAGUAGACCGAGAGAAGAAAUCAAUAGUGUAAAAAAAUAAUUAAAUAGUUCAUGCAAAUUACUGGUAAGGAUCUUUUUAGUGUUUUUAUUUUUCACCCAAAUGUCCAGAGCCCAGGUGACACUUAAGGGACAAGUCAGGCUAGAUUUAUCCAUACUACUAUGCAAGUGUGGCUAUAGGUGGCUGAUAUUUCCAGUGGUAUAUUUGUCCUACGGUGAGUUAAAGGACAAUGUUUUUACUGCCUUUGGCAAUGUGGUUGAGCUUCAGGCUCCCCAGCUGUGUUCACACUUGCCUGGAGCAGCAGAGCUCGCACGUCCCAGUCGCAUCAGUCCCUGUGUGGGAUCAGAUCUCCCCUGCCUAGAAAUGUGGCAGGCUCCAGACUAUAGCUGAUAGGUACAGGAGUGUGGCAGCUUAGGCUGUUGGACCUGAGUGUGAACAGGGAACCUUGUGCUAAUGUACAGAUAGAGCCUUUCACAGCUUUUACACCCAGUCUGAUAUUUCUUUGCCUCCAAGGUCCUCUUUUAACUCCUUAAGUUACUGCAAGAUAGCAAGAGAACAAAUUAACCUCUGCCUACCCCAGGAAGUUGUAAAGCUGUCCAUAAAAAAACUCUUACAUAUUUUUUUUUUUCUUAUCUCCUUCCUUUCUUUCAUUUACUUAAAUUCAUACUUUGAACACCUUGAAGCUGUCACUUGCUUGGUAGGGCACAGUGGGCUCAAAAACAUAGCGAUAGCGUUAAACUGAGAAGAAAACUCAACUUAACUGCUCCCCAACCACUUCAUGCUGAAUGCAGCUUAGCUGAUUCAGAGCUGCAGUCUGUCCUAGAAACCAUAUUGAUGGGAUUAGGACUUCCACUUCUUCCUGCUGUGCUGUGUUGUACUGACUGUGCACUUUUGGUAACCAAUCAAGGAUCUAAAUGAUAGAGAAAUGAAAGAGAACCAUGGAUAGUAUAGUCACAUGCAAAUGCUUCUGCCCACCCUAGCUUGGUAGCUUUCAAAGAAUGUAUUAAAAAAAAAAAAAAAAAAAAAAGAGAGAGAGAGAUAGAGAAGAAAAUAAAAUUAAAAAAAAAGACACACACCCCCUACCACCAAAACCUUAGGUGCCUACCUGUCAACAUGAUGGUACCUUGUCCAGGUAGUUCUGCUGGUUUACAUCUGCGCAGCACCAGACAGGAAGAUAAGGGUAUAACUGAGAACGUGAAGUUUGAGAUGUCUGGAAUUAUUCUGAGCCUGUUUGCUGCACUUCUCUCUUCAACCAGCCAAUGUAUAUGUAGAAAAAUUAUAUUGCAGUAAAAGGCCAUGGAGAGAAGUAUAAUAAUAUAUUCAGCAACUAGUGUGAGCAGACGGUAGAGGAACUGUAUCACCAGUCUCAGGCAGACGUUUUUGGGCUAGCAUCUGAUCUUGCUUGUGUGGAGUAGUACUUCAUUCUCCAAAUAGUCCCAUGGAAAUCCACUGAACUACUUAUAAAGCCGUUAUAUUUGUGAGCAGUGCAUCCAUUUCUGACCCUUAGGUUUCAUUCUUUUUAGCUCAAUGUGCCAGUUAAAAAUCUUGUAGCAGCAGCAGCUUGGAUUUUAUCACAAAUGCAUAUCCUCAUAACAGCUUUUUAAAAUGCAUAGGGGAACUUUUCAGACAUAAAGAUCUUUUAAGUCAGAAGAACAGUGCAACAGUGUACAUAUGGCCUUUCUCAUUGUAUCCCAUAGAGCACUAAUUGGCUGGGACAUUUGCCUGCCACAGAGUGUUUCUGUAUGGCUUUCUCUCUGUGUGAUUUAUUUACUAAAUGAAUUAGGAACCGAAAGCUGAAUGGGAACUAUGUAAGUUCAGAGCUUUUGCAACUCAGACAAUUCUCAGGCCACAAAUAAACAGUCAAACCUAAAUUUGGGGAGACAUUUUUAAAGUCUUGGCCCAAUAUUUGUAAGUGCUAGAUGGUGAAUACAUACUUAACAUAAAAGAACGGCUGCAUUUGCAGAUGAUUUCUCUGCCAAAACUGUUGGAAUUCAAGUCCUGCUUCUGCCCUAGAAAUAUUCUCCAGGUCUAAAGGGGAGCAGAUCCAUGAGACUAAUGAGGAUAAAUUGGUUUUAUUCAUGUCAAAAAUGUGUGUAGUUCUUUGCUCCUGAAUCUGGAAGAGGUCUUUCCCAGUCUAACAAGAAUAUGUUGUGUGCCGCAGGGGCAGAAAAUCCAAGGCAAAACAGAAGUUGGAUGUAGUUAGAACUGAACUGAAUCAUAUCCAAAGCUUUUCAUGAGAUGAAGCAAUUGGAGAAAAAAAAAAAAAAAAAGUCUUUAUAAAUUUUUUUUGGUUUCAGAAUGAAACAAAAACAGGAAAAAAAAACCCAAAUGCACAAAGCAUUUCUCAUGUUAUUCUGCCGUAACUAUAAGUAAGUGCAACUUGAAAUCUCAAAUUAACUUUGGAUCCCCUGAGAUUUCUAGCCAAAUCUGAUGGAGCUGGGAGUUUUGAAUUGCAACAUCUGUAUUAGCACUCAAAAGUCUCUGUCUUCUUCCUUCCAGACUGCCAAAGCAUUAGGAAUGCUCUCUUUGUCUUUACAGCCGUGUCUUGCUAUGAUUAUGCUGUGGAGUUUAUCACCACUACGGGACUAAAAAGAAGGAUUUGCUGCUGUUUUCUUGACAUCUUCCACAUAAAUGGAAUAUGUGGCACUUUGUGUAUGUGGAUGCCAGUGUGGUAGAAAAAUUGAUGUAGGUAGAGAAUCAAGUUGCUUCCCAUGGGUAAAGGGAACUGUUAGCAGUGGCUUACAUUUUUAAAAUUCCUUCGUGCCAGCCCUUCAAAUAGAGGAAUGAACUCUGGUUUAACGGGUAACCCAUUGUGCUAUAGUCUUAAUAAAUGAAAAAGUUUUGAUGAGAAAUCUGCUAUCAUGGAAAUUCCAGCAGUUUAACAGCUUCGUAAAAUGUAUUAUAGGAACAACCAUGGAAAUAAUUGUCUCUUAUGAACUGAUCUGUGUUAUCAUGCAUAUUUUGUAAGGCUCUUCAGAUUUUGCAAAAUAAAGAGGUCUACUUGCUUGUAUACUGUGGUGAUAGCAACUGUGUAUUGCAAAGGAUGUUGGGUCAUGGCAUGAAAAUCUGUGUUAACCAAAGUACUUGAAAGCUAAUUGUAUAAACUACUUAACGAUUACAAGGAAGUGAGCAACCUGAGGCAGCCCCUUGUCUUUCCUUUAACUUGUGCAUUUUUUCCUCAGUGCAGAUCUUGAUUCCAAACAGUACAUCUGCUGUCAAUACAACAAAAACAUUAAUCACAAUUGAAUAUAUGUCUUAGCAUUGCCCAUCACUGGAACCUAAGGUGUGGAGGAGAAGCUAAAGGCCUCUAUUAAAAUAAUCUUCCUGUAUCCUCAGUGGGACUGUUCUUUCAUUGAGGUAGACAGAAGUGCAGAAAUGUUAAUUUUUUUUAUUUUUUGAGACGUGAAAAUAUUUUUGAGGAAGAAGUAUGUCCUCUAAACCACUUGGAUGCAAAAGGGAGCCAGGAUUAAAUGACAACAGAUCAGCCACUGCUCUCUUACAAGAAGCAAACCCACUUAAAUCACAGAUUACAAAUGCUCACAAAUAAACCUGACCUGUGUUUAAAUGGACUAACGUUCCCUCUCCCAUCUCUGCAACCUUAAGAUCAUCUUGAUCUUACAGUCUAAUCUUCAAUAGAGAUAAUAAUGGGAUGACCAAAGCAGUCUUGCUUUCAAAGUAUCUCUACAGUCAAAUCGUUUAAAGUUGUCAUAGACUGCUGCUUAUAGCGUGUCUACUGUGGUCAUGUACAGGUCAGUGUUCAGUGAUGCCUGCCUCUGUGUUUUGGAAAAAAAGAGUGACCUCACUUUGCAGGAAUAUAUAUGCUGUGUAUGUGAUGAUUUUGUGCCUUUUAUAACUGUAGCAUUUUCUCAAGUGCCUCUGUGGUGACUGUCUCCCUUGGUUUCCUUCUUAAGCUCCCUUUUCAAUAGGCUCUGCAGAUAUUUUUAUCUGACAGCUGUGAACUUUUUUUAACCUUAAUUAGAAUCAAUAAAUAUUGUCAUGUCACA